AUGCGUGAUGCGGGCGAGGUCGAGGUGGCACAAGACGUGCACGUCGCCCCUGAGGUGGAGGAGUGGGUGAACCCGCUGUUCGCCACAGCCGCGGAGGAUGAGGAGGCGGCAAAGGCUGCGGAUGCUGAGGAUGCCGGGGACCUGCAGGAGGAGGAGGAGGAGGAGGAGGAGGAGGAGGAGGAGGAGGAGGAGGAGGAGGAGGAAGAAGAGGAAGAAGAGGAGGAGGAGGAGGAGGACGACGAUGUGGAUGACGAGGAAGAGGAGGCGGAGGGUGGGCUGGAGGAGGACGCGAACGCUAAAGUCCCGGGGGACCCUCUUACCGGCGGGUCCUAUAGGCGGCACUUUACGGUAGCGUCUAUUCCUCCGUAG